AUGUCCGUUUGGAACCCGGAUAACAUCCGCGAUGUCGCCGAGUCAGUCGGUAUCACCAACCUCAAUCACGAUGUGACGGAAAAUCUCGCCCGCGACGUCGAAUACCGCGUUGCACAAGUGCUGGAGGAAGCGCUCAAGUGCAUGCGCCACGGCAAGCGCACCCUUCUCACUACCCAAGAUAUCUCUCUUGCCUUGAGGAAUCUGGAUGUGGAACCUCUUUAUGGUUACGAAUCUCUACGUCCGCUGCGAUUUGGUGAAGCAUCGCUGGGCCCCGGUCAACCGCUGUUCUACGUGGAAGAUGAAGAGGUGGACUUUGAGAAGCUGAUCAACGCGCCGUUGCCCAAAGUGCCCCGAGAAGUUUCUUUCACCGGCCACUGGCUCGCCGUCGAAGGUGUCCAGCCAUCCAUCCCUCAGAACCCCACUGCCGCAGACUCUCGCAACCUCGAGCUGGUAUCGAAGGGACCAAACGCCAAUUCCACCCUUGCGGCGAUGAGUGGCAGCGGCGAGGUGUCGGUGAAACCCACUGUGAAGCAUGUACUAUCCAAGGAGCUGCAGCUGUACUUCGAGAAGGUCUGCAGUGCAUUCCUCGACGAGACGAGCGAGGAGUACCGUACCUCUGCAUAUGCCAGUCUACGGGAUGACCCCGGUCUCCACCAAUUGGUUCCAUACUUCGUCCAAUUCAUUGCGGAGAAGGUCACCCACAGUCUUAAGGAUAUAUUCGUCCUGACCCAGGUGAUGCACAUGGCCGAGGCUCUGGUGCAGAAUGCAUCCCUCUACGUUGAUCCUUAUAUCGCCUCUCUAGUUCCAUCAAUCUUGACCUGCCUGGUCGGCCGGCAACUUGGCGGAGCCAACGAUCUGUCCGAACAAUUUGCUCUCCGUGACCUUGCCGCAUCGCUCCUUGGGCUGAUUGCAAAGAAGUUCUCCCACUCAUCACAUAUGCUCAAGCCACGUCUCGUACGGUCAUGCUUGAAGAGCUUCCUUGAUCCUUCCAAGCCUUUCGGUGCUCACUACGGAGCCGUCAUUGGGUUGCAGGCUGUUGGCGGCGCCGAGGUGGUUCGCGUGCUCGUUAUCCCCAAUCUGAGUGAUUACUCCAAGCUACUCAGUGACGGCCUCGACGAUGCAGCUCGCCGUCCCGCUGCCGAGCGCGUCCUGAGUGCACUCCUUGGCGUUCUGGCUUCUAUCCGAGAUGCUCACCCUUCGCUGACCAACGGCCAUCCCGCAACCGUGUCGGAUGAUUUGCGCUCCAAGUUGACAGAGAAAGUCGGUGGUCUCAUUGCCACGAAGAUCGUCGAAGCCAACGAAGUCCAGCUGGCUCGUCUUAUUGCGGAGGCUUGA